AUGUCGGCAUCCCCGGAUUUCUCCGGAGUCCCACCGGAGCUCGUUCUGCGGCCUAUCGUGACCGUGUUUCCGAUAGAAGAUCGUGACGACCUGUCAUCAUUGAUCAACGGUAAGGAUGGGGUGGAUGAGUGCCGAACGCCGACCUCCGAAGAGAGCAAGAUACCGCCGGUCCCCUCCAGCUGCCCGCCGGCGCCGAAGAAGCCCCGACAAGUGCUUUUGUGCAAGAGAAGACUGUCGGAGCUGGAGUUGUUCGGCGCUCAGGUUGAGGAGAUCGAGCUUUGGUUUCGACAAAGAGACCGGCCGGCGACGGUGCCUUCGUUGUCAUGCCGGUCAAAGAAGAGGAAGCGCCGGUGUCUCGGAAAGAAAUGA